AUGGCGCUUGACCAGCAGCGCAAUUGGACCAUCUCCAUGGCCGAAAGCCUGCAGGCCGUCAAAGACAAGUCGGCCGCCGCCAAAGCACAACCACCCGGUCCAUCCUCAGACUUUCCCGUCCGCGACGACGACCCCAAAUCUCACAACUACCACACGAUCGAACCAGCAUACCUUCCUGACGAGCUUGUCCUCGAAAUCCUCGAAUAUGUCGCCGUAGUACCCGAAGCACAGAAGUCCCUAUACACAUGCUGUCUCCUGUCGCGACAAUGGCACCGCGCCGCCCUGCCAUACCUCUACGCAUACCCAAAGAUCUACGGCAAGAACUACGAUCCUUUCUAUCGCACCAUGUGCCCCUCCAUAAACCUUCGUAUCAAAGAGAGCCCACUAGCUGGUCUCGUCAAAGUCUUGAAUCUUGGCAUGCUGGUCCACCACAGCAGCAGAAGUGUCACAGCAAGAGUCUUGCGGAGAACAGAAGCAAGCCUGGAAGAGUUCGUUGCACCCCAGGCCUCAUUCGCCAUCAACAGCUAUGCAGCCCUGUCAAAAUCGCACAACCUGCGCAGUCUCGACCUCUCACUCGUGUCUGAGGCCCAACCCUUGGACAUGCUCUUCAAGUCGCUUAGAUCGCUGCAUCACCUCGAACGCCUACGCUUCCCACGCUCUUCUGGCUUUGGCGCGAAUGCCGUGGAUCCCGACUCAAUCGUCUGGCCUCAGGCUCUGAAGGAUCUCCACAUCAGCGGUGGUAUCGAUGCAAACUUCCUCUACGGCAUCGUCCACUUCCCUCCCGCUCUGGAACGUUUGACCAUCGAACACUGUCCGCAAGCAAAGUCUCAUGCUAUUCGCCAGCUUCUCUCGACCCUUUCUCGUGCGCAUCUACCUCUCAAAGCACUAUCACUAUCACACCUACCACGCCUGGGCAUAAGCUCUUUGGACCCUGUGCUCGGCCUAUUUCCCAAUCUUGAAGAACUCAGCGUCAGUGUCGACUACAUAACGCCUGCCAUCUUCAAUCCCGAUUUUCAAGAGUGGCACUCCCACGAUACACCAAACUUUACCGACCACAAGCUGCGCAUGCUCACCUUCACAAAUUCAGGAAACCCAGGUGUCGACGACAAAUUUUCUCCCAUCGAUGUCCUCUUGACACUAGAUGAGGGAUCAUUCCCAAAUCUGCGCCAGGUCAAGAUUGCAAAGAGCUUGGGAUGGGAU